CCUCACCAACCACCAUCUGCAAUGACACAAAUUGCCUCCACUUCGAAGAGUGCCCACGAGUCACAUAUCCAGCUACACUGCUGUCACUCUUUCCAACUAUGUGUCAUCUGUGUGUCUGCUUAAUUUGAUAUUAUUUAAGCAAAAGUAAUUACGGACCGACGAACUUCGCGACGAACUUCGACGAUGAUCCUAUCAAAACAGUCAGACGUCAAGCUAUAGAGGCCCGAGGAAAAGAACUGGGUCUCUGAAAAUCAGGUCACCGUUGAAACUUAUUUGCCAUGUCCACAAGACCUGUACUUUGCUUGUCGUCGAGAACUCGUUAUUAGUUUGGAAUCCAUAAGUGGAGCAAUGGGUACGACACCGAGUCGCUACGAGGAUCUUUCCAAGAAUAAAUUUCUCAUACGGUUUGCUGGAAAAGAAUCAAUUUCUCCAAGUGAUCAAUUCUGGAACCGGUUUUUGUCCUACAACAUACGACCCCCUGUUACUAGGAAUGAUCAAAUAGAACUUGAUUCUCGGCUUGACACGACUUGUCAGCAGUUACUUGCAAAUAAUUCGAACACAGGGAAUCUAGGAUCCUUGAUACAAGUAUUUUUGCAACGAACCACAGAAUUGCUUGCCUCUCAGCAGGAUCAAAAUAUAAUAUUGGCCUGGCAAACGUACAACGCAUUGUUUGCGGUACGAUGCAUUUUAAAAUAUUUAUUGGAAACUGUUGGGGAGGAGGAGAUGGUUCGACAUGCAGAGGCUCUACCACUGGCUGCAAAGACCUCAAAUACCUCUGUAUCUAGGCUUGAAUCCUUUUACGAUACUCUUGUCGAGAUUGUUACCGAUGUUCCUCUGUCUGAAUUCACGUAUGUCGUACACCUGGAAGCAGUGAACUGCCUUCUUGUUUUACUUUCUGUACAAUUAUUCUCUCAAACUCCAGCCGAAUACAGCCGCAUAUACAGAAUAGCAAUGCAUGAGGAACAGAGAGUACCUGCUUCGGUGAUGGUCUAUACACUUUUGCAUAAUUUUGUUCGGCAAGAACACGCACCACCUGGCUUAUUAACACAGCAGAAUGGGGGAGGCUUAGUCCUCAGUAUUGCAGCUGGCCUGUGGAAUGUUAUUACGAUGGGCAUGGCCAACAAUUCAAAAAACGUGCAAGUUCUGAAUGGCGGUGGUACAGAAGACGUGGAAAGGAAACGUGAUACGGAAACACCGCUAGCCAGUCAAUCUCUUUUAUUGUUAUUAGUUCUCACAAACCAUUGCACGGCUGUUCAUAAUCCGUUCAGAGAUGCGUUGUACGGUUUUAUCAACUCCCAAGAUGACGGCGUUCACAUACCACCGAAACCAGAGACGUCUUUCAAGUUCAAUUUGGAUGCGUUAUACUCCACAAUUUGCAAAGUACCAAAUACGGAUGAAACAACUUUGCUGUUAUACAUGCUACUGCAUCGCAAUCCAACGGUCAAAGCAUAUAUCAUGCAAAGAGCAGACAUCCAGUUGCUGGUUAUGCCGAUACUACAGAUAUUAUAUCACGCUCCCGACAACACGUCACAUCACAUUUACAUGUCACUCAUCAUUUUAUUGAUAUUGAGCGAAGAUGACACGUUCAAUAGGAACGUUCAUGAAAUAAUGUUGAAAGGCGUGACGUGGUACACGGAGAGGUCGAUAAGUGAAAUAUCGCUGGGAGGAUUACUGGUUUUGGUAGUGAUUCGAACUAUACAGUACAACAUGCUGAAAAUGCGGGACAAGUAUCUACACACCAAUUGUUUGGCGGCACUGGCCAACAUGUCGGCUCAGUUCAGAUCUCUACAUCCGUACGUCUGCCAGAGAUUGCUGAGCUUGUUCGAGACCUUGGCAAAAAAAUAUGCAAGAUUGGAGACGAGUAUACACAGACAGUCUAUGAAUUCCGAGAGUGCUGUAAUCAAUGUUAAUGGAAGCGCUGUCAAUUCCGACAUGAUCCAAGACUUGACGGUCCUUGAGGAGGUCUUGAGAAUGGUGUUGGAAAUUAUAAACAGUUGUCUGACGCAUCAGCUAACUCAUAAUCCCAAUUUGGUGUACACUCUUCUCUACAAGAAGGAUAUUUUUCAGUCAUUCCGAAUGCACUCAGCUUUUCAAGAUAUUGUUCAAAACAUUGAUUCCGUCAUCAACUUUUUCUCGUACAAGUUGGAACAGAGGGAUCAGUCGCACAUAGGUGUUAGUCAAGUAUUGGCAACUAUUCAACAAGGAGCCACCCAAUGGCCAAAGGACCGAAUGAGGAAAUUUCCGGAAUUGAAAUUUAAAUACGUGGAAGAAGAGCAGCCCGAAGAAUUUUUCAUCCCGUAUGUAUGGAGCGUAGUUUGCCGAGGAGCCCUGUUACACUGGACCGCUGAAAGUAUCAAAUUAUUUCCAUCCAAUAGCAGCGAACAAGCUACAAUUGUUGUUUGCUGAUGACCAGAAAUUUUCACGACACCCAUUCAAAGGUCGUUACGAGCGCUAAAAGUACAAUACAAAAAGGUGUAUCAGAUACAGAGAAUCAUCAGAAUAUCAUUAAGACGUAUACUUCCUAGGGUUGGUAGCUGAUAAUAAAAUAUACUUGAAAACUCUAUUGCUCUGAAGUUUGUAUGUCAGAACGAAAUUAAAGUGUCAAUAUCGAUGUGUAUUUAUAUCGGCACGUAUGUAGAUAGAAUAUCGUCAUUUCUAUUCGAACGCAUCAUCCAUUGAGUGAAAUUAGCUAUUUAUUAAAUCCCAUGGAAUCCAGAAUUGAUUUGUUACGUUUUUCACCCAAUUGAACAAUUAAUUCUUCAGACAAUGAGUCAAAUUUUUUUAAUUGAUUUGUCGUCAUUACGCGUCUUGUUGAUGAACGAAAAGAAAAGAAAAGAAAAAUCAUAGAAAGCGAACGAGUCUGAGUGAAGUUUACAGUUUUGUGUAUUUCUUUUGAUGGCUGUAUAUUUUUUUAAAUUGUAAAUCCUGUGAUUAAAUAUGAUAAGUGAAAACCUUAAAGCAAAUAAAUAUAAAUUAUCAUGCCAGA